GUAAUUGGAAGUGAGUAAACUUCACGCUUUUAAUCGGCGAAACGGUUUUAGUCCAAUAAGAACAAAUGCAUGGGAAACUCAGUGCGAAAAACAUUAGCCUAAUAAUAAAGUAUGUAAAUCAAUCGUGUUCGUGAAUUAAAAACAAAACAGCAACAAACAAUUAUAUCUAAAGCCAGAAAGUGUUUAAUUAUCAAAGAAUGCCAAUAAGAAAAAAUAAAGAAACAAAUAAAAAAUAAAAAUAAAAAAAAUAAAAACCAAAAACAAUAUAAAAAACCAAGUAAAUACUUAAUUAAAAUAGAAAUGAUUUGGGCGAUUUCUUUAGUUAAACACCUCUUUUGGUGUGCUAACACGCUUGGGCUGGUCGUUGGUUUGAUUACGGCCUUAAUUUGCGUGGUCUUCAUGGAUUCCGUACAGAAUACGCAUUUGGUUUAUUGCCUAUUUGGCUUACUGGUGGGUCUGCUAACAGCUGUGGCAGCUUUGGUGGGCUAUAGCGCUAUUAGGCCACCGAAAACAGCGAUGAUGUGGUUGUAUUGCGCUUUGUUUACAAUUCUAUUCGUCAUCCAAAUGUACAUUGUGACGCAUUUCCAAGCGAGAAAUAUAGUUACUGCUACAGUAGAAGACAUUGAGUUGCUUUGGGAAAGGGAAUUGGUGAGCGAAGGUCCAAUGGCCAGUAUUGAAAGUCGGUUCCACUGCUGUGGUCUAAAUAAUUACAGUGAUUACACGUCUACGAAUAUGCCACUGCCUGCCAGUUGUUUUUAUACGGAAAACGACGCUUGGAUUUACUAUACUGAUGGCUGUUUGGAGAAAGUGAAAUUCGCCGCUUAUCGGGCAAGUAAUGCUUUGUCCAUCACUGGAUUUCUUCUGACUGCGACGCAGCUGCUAGCUUUAAUAUUUUCAAUCACACUCACUUUAAUAUAUCAUCGAACAGGAGAGUAUGAAGCAUUUUAAUAAUAGAAUUAAUAUUUAUUUUUUUCAAGUUUAGCAUUUAAAUUUUACUGUUAAUUAAAUUUUAUCUGAAAAACAGACAAAUAUUUGAUUCCACUGCAUUUCUAUUAAAGGUUUUUAUUAAAAAAUAGUCGAAUCGCAUUAAUUUAGACUACAAUAUAUGUACAUAUUUAUGUAACUGUACAAUACAAAAAUUUAUACUAUAUUUAAGAGUAAUGAGAAGGAUAUGAAGGAUGACAUGAAUUUACAUUUUCUAUAUAAGUGUGUAUAUAUAUAAGUAUGUCUUACAUAACUCUACAAAACUGUACUAAGAAUUUAUAUUUAUAAAAAAUUUAUAACUCUAAUUUUUAUACAUUAAUUUUAUGAACAACUAAAUGCCAUUUCAUUAAGUUUUCUGCA